CUGAAGUUCUCAGUUCUGGCUUUUUUGCGAGCUGAGGCUUAUCAUUUGUCGUCGGAAAUACUUAUUUGCAGCUGUGAGACACUGCCGAUCAGUCCUGCGCGCGCUCGUUUAAGACCUGUAGACCAGCAUCACAAUGAGGCACUGCUACCUGCUCUCAGUGCUCUGGUGCGGCCUGCUGCUGCGAUGGACGCACGCCUGCACCACGGUCGUGGUCAAUUCAACGGAUGGUGGCACAGUGAUCGGACGCACGAUGGAGCUCGGGAUUCCGCUGCCGGACCGCGCCUCGAACGAGAUCUGGUCGCUCGUGGCAAGUCAGCGCGACGAAAAGCGAUUCGGCUACGCGGCCAUCUCGGCAGCGCUCGGCGGCGCCACGUCCGACGCCUUCGUCGUCGAAGGCAUGAACGAGAAAGGCUUUACGGUGAGUGUCCAGACGCUGCAGCAGUCGGUCUACGAGAACCACACGACGCCCGCGCCGCAACCAGUUACGUUCGACAGGGUGGCGGCGUAUUUACUGCAGCGCUGCGCGUCCGUGGCUGACGUCGCAGCGGCGCUGCGUGCCAUUAUCGUGGUAGACAAUCCGCUCUUCGCAAAGCUCUUCGGGCGCUGCCACUGGUCCGUGGCCGACGCGAGCGGCACGAGCGCCGUGAUUGAGUAUCUUGACGGCCGCCUCUCGAUGCACGACAACAGUCGCAUCGGCGUCAUGACGAACGACCCGCAUUACGAGUGGCAUCUUCACAACCUGAACGGAUACGCCGCGUAUCCUACGACGAGGAACCAAGCGCCGUGGGGUCUCACAUCGGUCGAGACGGCCGUAGGAACUGUUCCCGGCGGUCCUCCGGGCCACGGCUUGAACACGCGAGGCCUUCCGGGCGGAACGACACCACCGGAUCGAUUCGUGAAGAUGUUCCUGCUCCGCGAGAUGGCUCAAGCUCACGCCCCAGCCGCGAGCGUCGACGACGCCAUCGUCGUCGCCCAGGGGCUCCUGAACACGGUUCACCUCGUUAGAGGCACCAUCGCCUCGCUGGGAGGAUUGGAUGGGCUCGAAUGGACGAACUGGGCCGUCGUGAAGAUCCCCGCGCAACGACGAUUUUUGUUGAGAACGUACUCGGACCAUGCCUGGCGCGACGUCGAUCUCUCGAAGAUCGACUUUGCGAAGGCGCACGCGCCGCGGCCACUCUACGACGGGCUCGGAACCCAUCGCAGUUUCCUGCCGCCGGCACUCGUAACACAGUAA